AUGGCGCAGCCAAGCACACCGCGUCGCGCUGCGGGACCAUCUACCUCUGCAAGCGCGGCCGGCCCCAGCAGCAGCAGAGCGAUGGCCACACCAUUCACACCAUCCACACCGUCUGCACAAGUGGACGACGACAUGGACGACCCCACCGCCACACCGAGUCGUGCCGCUCCUGGCACCUCCUCCGCUCCACAUGGCGACGAUUCGGACGGAGAAGACGAAGCGCCCGAUUACCUGCGCCUCAUGUCGACGCUCAACUCGAAAUCCAAAUCCUCCAACGCAUCCAGCAGCGGCGGCAUCGUGAUCCCCAAACGCGGCGAGAAGGAUUUCGAACCAACCGGAUUCGGUGGGCAAGCAAAGCUCCUCGAGCGGAGUAGAGAAGCUAUGUUUCAAGCUGUCUCUGGAGAGCGCAGAGUCGGUUCUCGAUCGCUCGUCAGGGCAGUGUGGGAUCCAAAGACCUGCAGAGCGCGGUUGGUCGACGUGCAGGGCAAAAUCUUCGAGACCGUCGGUGUGAUCCGACGAGAGCAAGUCGCGGAACAGGAGCCAGUAGAGAUGAAUACACCAGAAUGGAACGAGCGAGUGCUGGAAGAGGCGCUUUUCGGCAAGGCGACAGGAAGGACGAGAACGUGGAACGAAUUGCUGCCGGAAGAAGCGCUCUUCUUGGCCGAAAGGGGCAGUUUGCAGAUCCUCGAACAGACAACCGACAGAUUGAGGGAGACGGUGGAGUUGUCGCUCCAGCAAGCAUUCGCUGCGUUAAUGCAGCCACCCUCGGAUGGCACAAAAGGCGAAGACGAACCGAUUACGAGGGAAGCUUACCUGAUCUAUGCCUACCUCAAGCGGCUCGGAUAUGUGGUGCAGCGAGCUAGCAUUGUGGAUGCUGUUCGUGCCGCUCCUAUCUCCGCUUCUGCGCUGGCAAAGAAGAACGGCAGCCAGGCGGAGCCUUUCGCCCUAAUCUCAGGCAAGAAAGCCGAGGACGAGGGGAUCAUCGCGGAUCCGGACCGCCCCAUCAAGCUCGUCACCAUCUGGGACAUCUUCCUCUACAUACCGCGGCGGAUCGUCCAGCUGGCGGGCGAUGGCAUCAACGCGCUGGCAAGAUGGUUGCAUCGACUAUGGCAGAACACGACCGCGAAGGUGAUCGCGUCCAUCGCAGCAGCCUCACGCAAGGUCUUUGGCGGAAGAGUGGGAAGCAGAGGAAGCGUCGGCAGUCUCGGUCUAGGUCUUGGUCUCGGCAACGGACAGCAAGAUGGAAGGCGGUUCUUGGGCGAGAAGGGUGCCGUCAAAUGGGACAGCUACGAUGCGGUCUUUUCGUCUCUACAGAUCGUACCUUCGGGCCACGACUUUUGGCUCCCUUCCGACUCGAAACCGCCUGCAAGGACACCGACAGCAUUGCCAGCAGCGCCGAGCGCCACUGUGCAGCAAACCAUCGGAGGCGAAUCAAGACCGUCAAACGACCAUCUCAAGCCCUUCUACUACGCCUGGCGACCAGCCACCCUCUAUCGCAAGUCGCAUCCUCCCCCACCCGAGUUCCGCAUUGUGAUUCUCAACGCGCGCACGACACCUGUGCCCUCCGUGUGGCAGUUUGAGUCGAUCUUUGCGCAGAUCCCCAUCCCUGGGUCGGAUCAGGAGCUCUUCGGCGCGGCCUCAGUGGCAUCCACAAGCGAUGGCACAAUCAGCGAAGCUGGCGGAAUGAGCGAGCAGGCGAUUCGCGACCGACUCGAGUACGAAAAGAAGCUCAAAGCGUCCAACGAGGCCAAGAAUCGCGCUGCGUACGGCAAGUUCAGCGAUGGCAAGCAGAAGUUCCUGCGCGAAAAGGCGGCCGCUCGUCAGGCGGCGUGGAGUGCGCGACAGCAGACCAAGCAGACAGCUGGAGGAGUGAUGAGCAGGAUCAGCAACACCACGGCUGGCAGGGCGGUCAUCAAGGUGCUGCUGCUCGACUUUGCGGUGCUCAGGACGGUAGGGAGGCUGUUUAGCCACUGCCCUGGUUGUUGGACUGACAAGGGUCGUCACGGUAACAGAGGUGGGGCAGGAGGGAAGCUCAAAGGUCGCAACCCGGGUGCGGGCAGCGGAAGAGGUGGAACAGGCAAUCCCUUCCCACCGCUGAAGGCGGGGAGGAGGACGGUGGUGGUGGCUGUGGUGGAUGGGAGCAUCACGACACUGUUGCGCUUUGGCGAGUCCGAGUUUGCCAAUUGGGCGCUGUACGGCACACAGCCGCAGCCUGAGUCGCAGCAGCAGAUCGGCAAGGCGGAUGAUCAGCAGCAGAGCGAAGCAGCUGCGCAAUCAAAGUGA